UGGCUCCGCAGUGCAAUGGGCGGGCAGUGGAGCGCCGGUCACGUGGCCAGGCCGGCUCCCUCGAGGGCCGCGGGGCCGGCACGUGCUCCACCGCCCGCCCUUCAAACAGCCUCCAGCGCGCACGCGCUCCUUCCAGUCCGAGGCUGGGGAGCGUGCUCUAGGAGCCUGGCGGGCGCUUGGACAGCCUACGCCGCGGCGGCGGCUCAUUUGCAUGAGGAGUCCGAGAGAACCAAUGGGAAGGCGGGCCGUGCAUGCCGGGAGCCGGGCUGGGCAGUGAAGGCAGAAGGUUCGCCGGCCCCGGGGCGGCCCCGGCCAGUAUACGGGCGCAGCGCUGCGGGUUGGGAUCCGGGCGGCGGUGGCGAUGCGCUAGGAGCGGGGCCCUGGAGUUGGGGUCGCCCUGACCGAACAGCCUUUCCUCUGCUCCGCCGCGGGGCCCGGGCUGUGGGGCCGGGGCCCGAGAAAAUGAAUUACCUGAAUGUGCUGGCCAAAGCCCUUUAUGACAAUGUGGCAGAAUCCCCCGACGAGCUGUCCUUCCGCAAGGGUGACAUCAUGACGGUUUUGGAACGCAACACUCAAGGCCUGGAUGGCUGGUGGCUCUGCUCCCUGCAUGGGCGCCAGGGCAUCGUACCAGGCAACCGACUCAAGAUCCUGGUGGGCAUGUAUGACAAGAAGCAGAGCGGGCCGGGCCAGGGGCAGCCUCAGCCCCAGCCAGCCCUGCCCUGCCAUCCCCAGGGCCUCUACAGUGUGCACUCGCCAGCCUCCCAGUAUGCCCCGAUGCACCCUGCCUACCAGACCCCAGGAGACGGUGUCUACCUGAUCCCAGGCCCCAACAAGGCCCAGCAGGCUGUCUACCAGGUCCCUCCUUCCAGUGCGCAGUUCCAGUCUCCUCCGGCCAAGCAGCCCCUGAUGUACCAGAAGCAGACGCCCCAUCACCAGUUCCAGAGCCCAGCCCAGGACAUCUACCAAGUGCCCCCAUCGCUAAACCCCACACUGGACGUGUACCAGGUGCCCCCCGGGCCUGUGAGCCCUCCUCAGGAUAUCUACCAAGUGCCCCCUUCCGCCGGCAUGGGACAAGACAUCUACCAGGUCCCCCCUUCCAUGGAUGUGCGGAGCUGGGAAGGAACAAAGCCACCCACCAAGGUGGUGGUGCCCACGCGGGUGGGCCAGGCCUACGUCUACGAAUCGCCCAAGGCGGAGCAGGACGAGUACGACAUUCCCAGGCACCUCCUGUCCUCGGGGACCCAGGAGAUCUACGACGUGCCCCCCGUCAGGGGCCUGCUGCCCAGCCAGUACAGCCAGGAGGUCUAUGACACCCCCCCCAUGGCCGUCAAGGGCCCCAACAGCCGGGACCCCUCGCUGGACAUCUACGACGUGCCCCCCAGCGUGGAGAAGGGCCUGCAGCUCCCCAACCCCCACACGGUGUACGACGUCCCCCCGUCCGUGAGCAAGGACGUGCCCGACGGACCCCUGCGGGAGGAGACGUACGACGUGCCCCCGGCCUUCCUGAAGCCCAAGCCCUUCGACCCCAGCCGGCACCCGCUGAUCCUCGCGCCCUCGCCCGUCCCCGCCCCGGACCCCUACCCGGCCGACGACGUCUACGACGUCCCCCCGCCCGCCGGCAAGGGGGCCCCCGCGCCCCCCCCGGAGAUCUACGACGUGCCCCCCGGCCUGCGCAAGCCGGGGCCCCCGGGGUCCGUGUACGACGUGCCCCGCGACCUGGCCCCGGCCGGCAGCCGGGCCGCCUCUCUGGAGGCCGACGGGGACGGCGUGUACGACGUGCCUCCCCAGGCCGACCGCGAGCCCCGCGCCGACGGCAAGCGCCUGUCCGCCUCGAGCACGGGCAGCACCCGCAGCAACCUGUCGUCCUCGUCGCUGGACGUGGUGCCCGUGAAGGAGCCGGCGGCCGGCCGCGAGCCCAUGGACCUGGAGGCCGCCAUGGAGACGCUGGCCAGGCUGCAGCACGCCGUCGGCGCCGCCGUGGCCCGCCUCAUGUCCUUCGUGGGCGGCAGCGGCUGGCGGGAGGCCGAGCUGCUCGAGCCCCACGUGCCCGGCCUGCGGGCCGCCGCGGCCGAGGUGAGGGCGGCCGUCCGGGAGCUGCUGGAGUUCGCCCGGGGGGCCGUGGGCCACGCCGCCCACGCCACGGACCGGGCCCUGCACGCCAAGCUGGCCCGGCAGCUGCAGAAGAUGGAGGACGCGUACCAGGCGCUGCUGGCGCACGGCCAGGCCUUGGACGGCUGCCAGUGGGCCCUGAGCGCCCUCGUGGCCGGCGGGCAGCCCCCGGGGGCCGCCGACAGCCUGGACGGCCUGGUGACGUGCUCCCGGGCCAUCCCCGACGACACCAAGCAGCUGGCCUCCUUCUUGCACGGCAACGCCUCGCUGCUCUUCAGACGGACGAAGCCGGCCGCCCCCGACGCGGGCGGCCAGCCCGGGCCCCCCGGCCUCCACCCCCAGCCCGCCCCGGCCCCCGACAAGGCCAGCAGCAUCCAGUCCAGGCCCCUGCCCUCCCCCCCCAAGUUCACGUCCCAGGACUCUCCCGACGGCCAGUACGAGAACAGCGAAGGCGGCUGGAUGGAGGAUUACGACUACGUCCAUCUGCAGGGGAAGGAAGAGUUUGAGAAAACCCAGAAGGAGCUGUUGGAGAAGGGCAACAUCAUCCGGCAGGGGAAAGGGCAGCUGGAGCAGCAGCAGCUGAAGCAGUUCGAGCGGCUCGAGCAGGAGGUGUCGCGGCCCAUCGACCACGACCUGUCGGGCUGGACGGCCGCCCAGCCGCCGGCCCCGGGCCGCCCCGGGGGGUCGGGGCCCUCCGACCGGCAGCUGCUGCUCUUCUACCUGGAGCAGUGCGAGUCCAACCUGACCACCCUCACCAACGCCGUGGACGCCUUCUUUAGCGCCGUCGCCACCAACCAGCCCCCCAAGAUCUUCGUGGCCCACAGCAAGUUCGUCAUCCUCAGCGCCCACAAGCUGGUGUUCAUCGGCGACACGCUGAGCCGCCAGGCCAAGGCCCCCGACGUGCGCAGCCAGGUGACGCACUACAGCAACCUGCUGUGCGACAUGCUCAAGGAGAUCGUGGUGACCACCAAGACGGCCGCCCUGCAGUACCCCUCCCCCACGGCCGCCCAGGACAUGGUGGACCGCGUGAAGGAGCUGGGCCAGAGCACGCAGCAGUUCAGGCGGGUCCUGGGCCAGCUGGCCGCGGCCUGAGCCCCGGCCGGACCGUGACGGGCUUGUACAUAGGGGGGAGCCGCGGCGGCCCGGAAACGCUCCAGAACUAUUUUUCGUUAUUGAUUUUCCAGUCAUGUGACUAACGGUCCACAUUUAAAUAAAAAAAGCAACCCAA